AUGCGCCGCUCCUUCCAUCGCGCGCUGGCGGCCGCCGUGCUGGCGGUCGCGCUCUCCUGCGCCCCCGCGGCGAGCUCCGACGUCUCCGAGGCGCGCGCGUCCGACUCCAUUGCGCCGCCGUCUCCUCUCGCGGAGGCGCUGCGACGCGUGCAGACCGACAACGCGGCGGUGCGCGGCCUGAGCGACGCCGCGCUGUCCCCGCUCGUGCCCCGCGCCGAGCGCCGCGACGCGCUGGUGCAGCUGGGCGACAUGUACUUCUACGGCAACAGCUCGCUGGACACGAGCGUGAACGGCACGCUGGCCAUGAGGCUGUACGCCGAGGCGGCGGCUCUGGGCGCGCCGCGCGCGCAGUUCCACGUGGGCGUGGCCAAGAGCUACGGGCUCUGGGGCUUCCCGCCGGACGAAGCGGGCGCCAUGACGCACUACUACUUCGCGGCGCUGGGCGGGGACAUGGGCGCGGUGAUGGCGCUCGGACACAAGCAUCUGCUGGGGCUCGGCGCCCCGAAGAAGUGCGAGUCGGCCGUGCGCUACUACGAAGUGGCGGCCAACGAGGCCGUCGCGCGCCGCGAGCAGAACGUCAGUCACCCGGCCAUCUACGACCUGCCGCACCGCCGCCUCAAGACGCUGGCCGAGACCCAGCACAAGAAGAACCUGCCCGGAGACAGCGCCAUUGUGGACUACUAUCAGUUCUCGGCGGACAAGGGCGACCCCGACGCCACGCUGAACCUGGCCACACUCUACUACUACGGCGCGCGCGGACUCGCACAGGACUUGGAGCGCGCCGCGGCGCUCUUCCAGAAAGCCUACAACCUCGGAGCGAGCGGCGGAGCGUACCACCUGGGACACAUCUACAGUCUGGGCAUUGGCGUCCCGCAGAACAAUGCCACGGCGUUCAAGUAUCUGCAGGAGGCGGUGAACGAGGGCAACACUGCAGCGCAGAACGAGCUGGCGCACAUGUAUUUGCAGGGGAAGGGCACGCAACCGGACGAGGAGCAGGCAGUGGCGCUCUUCAAGUCGGCAGCUAAGCAGGGCAGCAUGGAGGCGUUCUACAACCUUGGCGUCCUACACAUGCGGGGCGGAGGCUCAAAGGGCAUGGUGCUCGCCUCGGGGCACCCAGAAUACGAGCUCGGCCACAUGAGUCUGCACGGUAUCGGCACUACUCGAUCCUGCAGAAAUGCGGUCGAGUCGUUCAAGAUGGUGGCGGAGCGUGGCGAGUGUGAUCGAGUGCUCUCCCAGGCGUACAAGGACUUCAAGCGCCAGGACUACGAGGCGGCCUUCAUGAAGUACGCUGUCAUGGCGCAGCAGGGCUACGAGGUCGCCCAGCACAACGCCGCGUACUUGUUGGAUUACGACUUCUUGACGCCGUCGCCAUUCUCGCCCAUGCUGUCGCUGAUGCCCUCGGCAAUUGAGCUGGACGAGGACACUGUGGCCUCGACUGCUGUCAUGCUGUACAGGCUGGCCGCGCAGCAGGGCAAUGUGGACGCCAACCUAAAGAUCGGCGACUACUACUACUAUGGAAAAGGCGGCCACUCCGUGGACUUUGUCAAGGCGAGCGCGCACUAUUCGCUCGCAAGUAAGCGCUCGAACGCACAGGCAAUGUUCAACCUGGCGCUCAUGUACGAGCACGGAAUUGGCGUGGAGCAGGACUUCUACCUGGCCAAGCGCUUCUUUGACAAGGCGCGUGUAGCACAUAGCGACGCUAAUGUGCCGGUGACUCUUGCACUCUGGAAGCUGCGGGCGCACAAAUCGCUUCGGGCGUGGAAGAGGUGGUGGGACGAACUCGUGGGCAAUGUCCCGCCAUCUAAGAAGAUUUCUGCUCCCCCCGCUGCUUCGUCGGGCGGCGUAUCUAGCAGCGUGGCUGGAGCGACAUCGAACGCGGAGUCGUCGUUCCUGUCUCGGCUGGAAAAGUGGUGGCCCGGUGACGCCGACAAGAGCACAGAGGCGCUGCUGCGAGAUUUGUUCAGUAACUGGCGCGAGGUUUUGCAGUCUGACAACUUCCUCAUCUUUGUAUUGACGAUCGCCCUCGGUGUCGUCCUUUACAUCCGCUCCGAGCGCCAAUAUUUACAAGCACCGCCCGUGCAGCAGCAGCCACUGUAGUCAAGUCAGUAGAGGGAAUGACCACCGAGGUGGACAAGACUAAGCUGCAACAUCGGUAUGAUUAUUGC